AUGCGCUUUCAAGCAUGUAACAAUCAAAUGGAAACGUGACAGCACGUAUGGCUUUUUGUAGCUAGCUAUCUGAUAUUCUGAAGGCCCUUAGCUACAACUAGCAUAUCACCGCCUCAGACACGCUGGAAUGUUCUGCCAAGCUCAAUACUUCAACCUGUUUCAGAUAUGACAUGCUGCUAUUUAACAGGACAGUUAUAACUAGCUACUGUCUUCUACUUGAUUAACAACGUCCCUGUCUCGAACUGUCAACACCUUCAUCGAGCACCAACUAGCUACAUCUCCUGGGUGCAGUCUGGCCAAGAAAAUAAUGUCCUACAGUUGAAGAUGGGAGGUAGUGGCUCCAAAACCAAGGGUUAUUGGCCUUUUGCUGGUUCAGGCAGUGUUGAUGGUGAUCCAACCAAAGAGGGAGUCGACGAACAGUCGCUGGCGAAGCUCCGAAGUUUCCAAAGGGCGACGCCCUUCGUGUUUACCAGACAAAGCUCCCUGUACUUUGACGAGGAUGGAGACCUCGCCCACGAGUUCUAUGAGGAGACGGUUGUGACGAAGAACGGCCGCAAGAGGGCCAAACUGAAGAAGAUCCAGAAAAACCUCAUACCUCAGGGAACCAUAAAGCUGGAGCACCCCUGCAUCCAUGUGGAUUUCCCUGUCGUUCUCUGUGAGGUUUGAUGAAGCCUGGAGCCACGUUUUGAGACCAGACUCAGACUAGCCAAUGUGUCAACUCCGUCCCCCUGUUUCCCUCUCACCCAUACUUUACCCUGAAGCCCUCUAAACCACUGUGGUCUCUCUGUGAUGAUGUUUGGCCGGAGCCCUGACCUGUGAUGAUCGACAGGCUGUCUAAACACAUGAUUGUGUUGAGCACCUGCAUGUGGACUAUGUAAAGUGUGGCCUGUGUGCAGUCACGUUACCCAAAGUAGUACCUGGCCACUUACGGAGACCGUCGAUGAUCUGUGAAACACGUCAGUUAAGAUGGCUGAAGACAUAAUUAUUGCUCACGUUAAAUAUUUACAGUAUGUGUGUUAGUGGAUAUGGAAUGAAGUGUGACAACAGCUUGUCUGCCUGUCUCACAGCAGCAGUGUGCUCUGGUAGGAGGAUCCAUUGUACUUUGUAAGAAGAAUGUAAUGGGACAAUUUGAGUUGAACCAUGGGCUGUUAAGUAGAGUCUCUCAAAAUAGGCCGGCAAUCCUAUAUCUUUAAACCCUGCCCUAGAGAGUUAAUUUACCAUCUGUACGCAUUAAGGGGUGAGAUUUUCCGAUACCUGUUCAGUCUUCAGAGCUUCCAGAGUAAUGAUAGGGCUUCAGCUAUUAGGGCCAUAUCCUGAGGUCAGAGAUAUAGGAAUAUUUAAUGCACAUUUUAUGUUUACAAGUAAAACAAAAAAACACCAUUGGCUUGAUAUAAUUUCCACCAUGAUGGCUCUGCUUCUCAUUCCCCAUGAUGGAGCUAGACAAUUGGUGGCCAAUGUGAUCUAAGCUUAUCUUAAUGUGACGUGUUGUAAUGUUUGACUGGCUGUGGUGAUCAUGGUGUCAAGACCAGGGCUUUAUGAAAUGUUUGAGUAUGCGCUGAUCUAGAAUCAGUUUUAACCUUUGAGAUCAUCAUAGUGAAUCACAUUGACAUUAAAGGGACGGGGGGCGGGCUGGAGUCUGAUCCUAGCUCAGCAAUGCUACUGAAUUGUUUUUUUUUUUUUUUUUUGCACGGGCCCAGGCCUCAGACACAUGUACAGAGAAGCACGAACUUUAGUCCCCCUGGGAAAGUCCUCUGUUCCUUCACUGCUUUAGCGCAAUACAUUUCACUGUUAAUUUAUUUUAACUGUUAUAAUGGCAUUAUUUUUUAAUUACAACUCAAAAUGUAUCCAGUUGGGUCGUGGUCCCUUUGUCUUCUACGUACCAUUACACAAACUGAUGUCUCCCUCUUUCAACUGUGGAAUUUCUGUGUUCUCUUCUCCCCAUAUGUGUUCAUGGAUAGUGUUAUGGAAUAGGUUACUUAGUUUAAACAGCACACUACAGCUCACUACCACUUCCACACAUUCCAUUCCCCUGCCAGGGGGUGGCAGCAACCUUGUCCAGGUGUUGAGCCUGGUUGAUAAGCACAUCAGGUGCUGCCAAUUCAGUUGGUCAAUAGUCAGUGUCCCAGCUUGAGAGCCAUGAGGCUUCUGGGUUGGUUUGGUGGCCAUGAAGCCUUUCAUUUUGAUGUUGUCUCUUUAGUUUAGGUAUGCCUGUUUGUAGUUUUUUUAUACAUUUGUUUCCGUCACCAUCUGAACAUAAUAAUCCGCUUGGGCUCGCCAACCCAAAGGAGUCAAGUCAGAGCUGGACCUAAGUCAAGGUUGCUGUCUCCCUGGGCACAUGUGCACCCAACACGGUCCUCAAACACUGAUUUCUCAUACAAUGAACAAAAAUAAACCCAACAUGUAAAGUGUUGGUUUCAUGAGUUUAAAUAAAAAAUCCCCAAAAAGUUC